CUGUGAGGCCUUUCCUGUUUCCCUCGCCAUCUAGACUCUGCUUCCUUCCAGCCCCAGAGAGGAUGAUGCUCUCCUGUGGCAGGUCUCCAGCUGCCUAGUCAGACAGCUCUGCGGGUCUCCCCUGUGCCCGUCUCCGCCCAGGACCCCCUGCGCUCUGCCUGGUGUCGCGGUGGGCGUUCACUUCACAGCACAGCAUCCCAGGAUCCUGGAUGUUAUAGGCUGCCGCCUUCUGGAUCCCCAAGGACUGUGCUCACGGCCCGGAAGUAGCUGCUGCCUCUGGACAACCUCCCAGGCCCCUUCUCCACCCAGGGCAUGAGCACCCGUGAUGCUAUCCCCCCAGCCAAGGUUCUGGCUCCCAUGGCCGUGUACUGUGGGAGUGUCCCUCGGACCAGUGCUGGGCCCCGCGCACUCCCGGGCGGAAGAAGUGACUCCAGGCUCCAGACUUACAGAGAAGCCUCCCUCCAGCCAACUCCGAGUGUCCUGCUUGAGAAGCCGCUGCAGCUCUUGAGUGGACAUGGGCACCCCAGCGGCCUCAAGUUGGAUGCCCCCCUGAAGGGCUGGCAGGCCAGGAAUGGCCACCCUGGGAGCCUUGCGGCCCUGUCUCUGGGGUCCAAACCCCUGGCACCCUUCUCCUCUCUGGAGUCUGAGGCCAACAGUGUGGCCCGGGACACCACCCAGAUCAAGGACAAGCUCAAGAAAAGGAGGCUCUCGGAGGGCUUGGCAGCAUCCUCCCGAGUCUCCCUGGAUCCUGUGGGAGGCCCCAGAGGAGUUCCUCUGAGGAGCACCAUCCCCCGGGCCACUUCUCAGAGGCUGCUGAGGGCGCCCAGGCCAAUGCCUCCCAUCCAGAGCAUCCCCACUACCCCUGAGGCUGGCGGAGCCAAGGAGAAGGGCCUAGACCCACCUGGGAGCAGUCAGGGUCCCCAGGAAUUGAGACCCGGAGCCCAGGAGGAGCCUGAGGAUGACGUGGCCUGGUGGCUGUAG